AUGGGUUUGAGUCUCAACCUGGACACUAUGGUAUUCCACUGUAGAUUCAGCAUAAACGCGCACAGCGGCAAAGGAGCGAUUGUCUAUCUCUUCCUCGAUGCUAGCCAUGUCCAAAGUCUAGAAAUCUGCGGCAUCGACGAAGCCAUUCCGCCUAGUAUCAUGAACGUCUUCGGCAAACGAGCAUCCGACGUGCCUUCAAAUGCUGUUAUGGGGCUUCGCUUUGGUCUGCAAAGCCACGCAACCCUCAUUGCCCCUGACUCGACCUUCCAGAAAAGACCAGCUACAUGUGAAGACUUGGAAGCUUUGUUGCGUUUGGAAGUCUCAGCCCUACGUGAACAGGUACAGCAACCUCAGCGAGCCCCUGGCGUCGACGUCGAGACACAGAGUGACCCUCUCGAGUACGAAGCUGUGAUUGCAGCAGAGGCAGACCUGCCUGACGAAGCUCACACUCCGGCCAGCACAGUAGAAGAUCCCACCCAUGACCAAUUCAUGAUGUUUGGAGAAACAUUUGACGAAAGAUUCGCGGAAAAUUUCGAGGAACUCUUCGUGCAAAAGUUCGAAGAAGUAUUCGAGGAGAAUUUCGACGAGAUUCUCGACAGAAAGUUCGAGGGCCGUCUCUACAGAGUGGAAAUGGAAAUGUUGGACCAAGGACCGUUCCGCUGGAAAUUGGAGGAAAGGGUUGGGAGAAAGAUCGAGAAUGUGCGCGUGGACUUGGAGAAAAAGCUUGAGGACAGCAACAAGCAGCUCACCCAGCUCAAAGAAUCCCUCGACCACGAAAGCAACGGCCUCCAACACAACAUCGACACUCUCGCCGCCCGCGUCACCGAUCUCGAGGAAGGUCUCGCGGACGAUUUGCGCAAAGAGUUCAACGAAGCCAUUGGCAGCCAAAAGCUGGACUUGCAGGUUAAAAUAGAAGAUGCCGUUGAGCAGAGACUUGCUGAUGUCGAAGAGAUUGUCAAGCAGGAUGUGAGGAACGCGUUGGAGAAUGGAAAGACCACGUUCAAUUUUGAUUAA